UGAACACACCCGGCGGUGAGAGGAUGCUGCACAGGGAGCAGUAGGGCGCGAACAGCUAUUUCCCAGGGUUCUGUCCUCUCAGAACCUGGUUUGGAACCGCCUAUGUGACGUCACGGGGACUGACAACCCGUAGAGCUUUCUGUGACGUCACUGAGCUGCAUUGGCUGCGUCACACGGCAGCAGCCCAACCCGCAGCUGUGUUUGGAGCGGCCAGGGAGGCGAACAAUACUAGAGCAUCCGCUGCACCGCCGCGGCCUUCCCUGCCCCCAUUCCCUACACAGCCUCCAUCAGCAGCAUGUAACAAUGCAUAGUACAUAGGCUGACAGCGGGCAUCUCCGGAGAGCGUAGGGCGGGCGCGGCCACGAUGGACUUCCAGCAGCUGGCUGACGCCGCGGAUAAGUGGUGCGCUAACACCCCGUUCGACCUGAUCGCCACCGAGGAAACGGAGCGGAGAAUGGAUUUCUACGCCGACCCCGGGGUCUCCUUCUACGUGCUGUGCCCCGACAACGGCUGCGGGGACAAUUUUCAUGUUUGGAGUGAAAGUGAAGACUGCUUGCCUUUCCUGCAGCUAGCUCAGGAUUACAUCUCCUCCUGUGGGAAGAAGACUCUACAUGAAAUCCUGGAGAAAGUCUUCAAGUCUUUUAGGCCACUUCUUGGUCUCCCAGAUGUGGAUGAUGAUACUUUUGAGGAAUAUAAUGCAGACGUGGAAGAAGAGGAGCCAGAGGCUGAUCACCAGCAGAUGGGGGUCAGCCAGCAGUAGAAUACCUUGGAUAUUCACUUUAGAAAGGAAAAUUAAACCAACAUAAUGUAAUAGUAAACAUGUUUGGCAAAUAUGCAGAAAAUACUCACCGCAAGCUGAGCACCAGGCUUGGCGACAGCAGCAUUUCCAUGGGAGUUCUGUUGCUUUCUAUCAUUAUUUAAUUCUAGAAUUACUUUCACUGUUUUGAGGCUAUUUGUCUUGGUUUGGAAUGGAUCUAACUAUUAUGAAUUUAAAGUGGUUACUGAAUGUGUGACAGUGGAUGAGGACCUCUGUAAAUGUGACCUAGAUAAGGAAUGAAGUUAUUGGUUGUAAUUACAAAGGGAAAAAAACAAGCAUAGUAUUGCUGAUAAACUUUUUUUCUUAUUAAAAGCAGUGGGCAAAGAAUAUUAGUAUUUCUAGAAGGCAAAAUAAAAUAUUGUUAAUGUUGGCCAGAAUCCCUAAAUAGUUAUCCUUUCCUUUUUUUUUUUUUUUUCAUUUCAAUGGCCCCAACAAGUAUAAAAAGUUAUUGUGCUGACAUUUCCUUAUCGAAGACCCUUAAUAUGAACAGCAUUCUAGUAGAUCUACUCUACUAUACCUUAAUGAGAUAAUCACUUGCAUCAUGCUCGUAAGGUCUGAGGAUUGGUUUUUCCCCUUACAGUAGUCCUGGGGAGCUUCAAGCUGAGGUAUAAAACCACAAAUACAAAGGGAUUGAUUUACUAACGCUACUAAAAAAAAUAAACCAAUCAGAUGCUGUCUAUCAUUUUUAAGGCUGCAAUAAAGAAAUUAUAGCUAGAAUCUGGUUGCUAUCGGCAACACCACUAGUUAACAUUUUUAGAAGCUUUUAGUAAAUCUACACCAAGGAAUUUAGACUACAGGUCAAAUGGUUACCUGUAACUGCAUUAAAUAGAAUUCUGACAUUCUGUUUUGUGCUCUGGCUUUUUUUUUUUAAGAUAAUACAUGGAAGUACACUCCCCCAAAUAAAGAAUACGUUGUUUUUUUUUUUGUUUUGUUUUCUAUUUUAUUUUUUACAGACUUUUGUAGGCAGCUUGCCAGUUAAUUAAAAUAAACAAGUAAAAACCAAACCUUAAGUAAAGGGCAAUCAUGAUAAAAUAGUAGAACUCCAUGCAUACUGUAUCUAAUUAUUAUAAUGAAUCCACUUGCAAAUAUUAAAAUGACUUGAUCACUCCUUACCGAGGUGCCAUACAUCACCGCAAACACUGAUUAUUACAUUCAGGAUUAUAUUCUAUAUUUCAGAUAUUAUCUGUGGUUGAUAGACUUUUUGAUAUUUAGCGAUAAAAAGAUGAAAAAAAUAUUUGUAGAUGAAACGUAACCUCUGACUGCAGUACUACAAUAUCUACAAAUAGAUAAUUGUCAAAUGAUAUAUAUAAUAUAGAUUAAAUCAUUUUUUUUUCUUGUCUACAGUAUUUACCCCAUAAGGAUUUUGUAUAUGAUUUUGUCAUACUACAAGGGAAGAAUCAAGGUUGGCUUCUCUUUAGAACUCUAUACUCUGGUCAUCCCAUUUAUUAGACUUCGCAUUACAUGCCCAAAGCAGUUGAAUUAGGUUACACACACCAUGGUCUCCUGUGAGAAAUGUCUGUCCCCUCUUUGCUGUACGUCACUGGUGGGACAUUAAAUAAGGAUUAGCUUUAAGUCAUCUGCAUUGUGCCAGAUUAAAGUCGUAUAAUGAAGCAGAUUACAUACGAAUUUCUCUUUAAAUUGUACCUACCACUGUUUCUCCAUCAGUGGCCCUAAGAUCUCCAACAAAUAUAUAUGAGAUGCUGGUGCCCUGUAUGGGGCUGCAUAAUUUGCACUGUUAUGGGUAAACUGGAAUUCAUUACACAGAGCAGGAAAUAUAUACUGUCAUAUAUUUAGCAAUUCACUUAACCUCUCAUCGUACCGUAUCACAUUCUUGACAAGGACCUUGGCAACGUCCGAGUUUGCCAUAUUAAUAUAGCAUGUAUAGAUAUAUAGCAUUCCAAACUCCUUUUGCUUUAUUGCUAGUGGGGCUGGCACCAGAUAACAUAUUUCUACAGUGAUAUGGGGGGAAACGUCACAAUGUUGCAUGUAAUCCAUCUUCCCCAGUGUAAUACAAUUAUUAUUAUUUUUUUUUUACGUUUUUAAUCACUUUAACAUUGGCUAAGAUUAACCCUGCACCAUCAAUAUGUGGUUCCCCGAUAUAGGAAUAUUGCAGGUAUUUAUGAAAAUGUGCUUAUAAUUAUGCAGCUCUUUGAAAUAGCUGAACUUGGAUAUUAAUGGAUUUUAAUGAAAUUACAAUAUUUACAGGUAUUAAGGAUGCAGAGUGUAGUAUAGUUUCUACAGUAAUGGGCUUGGCACAUAUAUAAAUAUAUAUAUAUAAAAACUCAAUACGUUCAUCUUCUCAAUAAAUCCUAGACAUUUGUACUAGUCUAUUGUUGUGUAUUGAAAACCAUUCAAUUGGACCUGUCAUGAUUAUUUUAUUGCAAAACAUCUUGUAUGUAUGCAAUUCCUGUGCACAUGCCUCUGUGCUACCACAUAUUGCUAAUGUAGAGAAGGAGGGCUGCUUUGGAGAGAGAAGUGCACUACUGAAUACAGUACUGUGCACUGUUAGACAAUAAUAUAGGAUAUAUAAUUCUACACAACAUCAUAUCUUCCUUACAGAUCCCUUUUAACCAGACUUAAUUGGGCUAUUGGAAAGACAGCAUGUACAUGAUCUGUGGGUUAUUUGUUGUUAAAAGUUCCAUGUAUCUCCCUUCAAGACACUAAUAGUAAGUCAUUAACUUUCUGAUUAAUAAUUUCUUUGUCUGGCUCCAUCUCUCCACUACAGAAGCCAUAGUAUAACAGGAUCAGUCUGCCACUGAUUGGUAGAACACUUUUACUGACUCCUAUCAAUAAACUGACUGACAUGUAGUUAACGACAAAUGCUAAUAACCUCAGAAGAUCUUCCAUCUUGUUUCCAGUUCCAUUAUUCGGUGUGGCUGACCCUGUAAGGUCACAAUUUGUAACACUCUUUAAAAUUAAGAUGUUUAUUUGAAGUCUUUUAAAAUAAAAUGUUGGGUGGGAUUAGCACUGUUUUGUGUGUGUAAAAAUCUGAGAGGGUGAAAUUAAGGCCUAUGUGGACCUUUUUUAUUUAUUUUUAAAUAUUAUUUUUAUGAUGCAUAAAAAAAUUGUGUAUAUGCUCCUUUUUAAAUGGUUCAGAUUCGUAAUGCCUCUCCAAAGUUGAACAGGUUCAUAUCCAUUUUACAAAUAAAGGAUAAUUAUGCCUUACUGUACUUUGGGAUUCAUUAAAAUAAAAUAACUUGAGGGUUUCCUGACUCAGAUCUAGAGAGCGCCAGCCAAUCAGCUCCUAACUGCCAUGUCACAGGCUGGGUUUGAAAAAUGACAGGAGCUGAUUGGCUGAUACUUUAUCACUUUCCAUUUUAUUACUCUCCAAGCGAUGGUGCAUCUAGCCGCCUAACUUGGAUGGCACGGUUGCAGCCAUACUUAUUUAAUGGUAAUGACACUGAAAUAAAUGUGCAAUGUACUGCCGGUUUCUGCAGAAGAGGUGGUAUAUUUAUUGGCAAUGUCAGACAUGGCUAUUGCUUAAACUUAAAGAAAUAACAGAAUAAACUACAUAUGUGAAGAUUAUCAAACCUAAAUUACAGUUGCGGUGUACUUUUCCUUUACAAGCCUAUUGUAUUCAUAGCUCAACUCCAUAUUCAGAUUUGCAUUGUUUCAGAAGUUGCUUCUAACAACUUAAUCUUUUGUGUAAGUUACCGAGCUGUAUGUAAAACAACAAAAAAUAAUGCUUUGUAUUUCAUGUAGACAAAGGUUUGUGGUGGCAUUGCAUGUUAAAGAUGUUUGCUUCUAUCUGUGGACUGGGGUCUUGGUUAAUAAAUCAUCUACACUCUGAGACAA